UCUAAAUAUUAAUACUAUCAGUCUGAGGUUUCCUGUCUUCAGGUGAACCACGUGCUGGUCUGUGCACGAGGCUUUUCAGUGACUUUUUGAUAUAAGUGAGGACCAGUUGUUGUUAUUGUUGUUAUUGAAGCAGCUGGACAGUAAAUCUGAUUCUAUUCUCACUCUGAUGACUCUACUGUUAAAAAGCUGUCUCUCAUUUAUGGACCGCCAGCCACCGCAGCACGAGCUGUCCACGCGUCCUUUCUGCGCUGUGAUUGGCUGAAAUGGCCCGUGCCAGCCAAUCAGAGAGCUCCGUCCUCCGGGCUCGGCGUGUCCACACGCUGCACACGUGCGUCCCGGUGAGAGGUAACGGGACUCCGGGACCCCCCCUCCCCGGUAUAAAACUGACCCCGACCUGUUUACGGACCGUGAAACAGCCAAACUAACCACAAAAACGCGUCUCAUUUCUGAUCUGAUGUUUUUAUUCACCGUUUUAUUGAAUUUCACUCAAAGUUUCAUUCAUCAUCCGGUUUUACUUCACUUCAUUUCGUGAAACUGAUCAUCGCCGGUUCCGGUGUAGACUCGGUGUCUCGGUCCCGUCAUGGUCCUCUCUCCGGUCAACAAGCUCAAAGUCUUCCAGCUGCUGUUCUCGGACCCCGGCAGGUCUUUCUACAGCAGCGGGGACAAACUGUCCGGCUCCGUGCAGCUGAGGGCGGCGGUGGCCUGCAGGGUGACCGGCCUCAGGGUCACCGCCGCCGGCUGCGCCCGCGUGGAUUACCGCGGCGGGAAGAAGCGCAAGAGCCGCAGCCAGGAGGUGGAGUACCUGCAGUACGAGGAGGAGCUGCGGCUGGAGGAGAGACUCUCCAGAGACUCGGACGGCUGCUUCCUGCUGCAGCCUGAUCAAACGUACAGCUUCCAGUUUGGCUUUGAGCUUCCUGCACCAGGAAAUCUGGUGUCGUCCUAUAAAGGAAAGUUUGGUUACGUUCGUUACUACGUGCGGGCAGAGCUGGACAGGCCUUCCCAGAAUGCUUUGCAUUGUGAGCGGGAGUUUGAGGUGGAGGAGCCGCUGGACGUCAACCGGCCCGACCUGCUGGCUCCGGCUGCAGCCUCCAAACAGAAGAAAGUCACCUGCAUGUUCAUACCUGACGGCCAGGUGUCCAUCAGCGCUCAGAUCGACAGGAAGGGCUUCUGUGAGGGAGAAGAGAUCAGCAUCAACGCAAAGUUUGAAAACACGUGCUCACGCAUCGUCGUGCCGAAGGCCGCCAUCAUCGCCCAUCACUCGUACCUCGCAGACGGACGCACUAAGGAGUUGCGUCAGAAACUGACGGCGGUUCGAGGAAACCACAUCAUAUCUGGGAUGUGCGACAUGUGGCAGGGGAAGACCAUCAGAGUCCCCAAACUGCGCCCGACGCUGCUCGGCUGUGACAUCAUCAAGGUGGACUACGCCCUCAUGAUCUACCUGCACAUCCCCGGCAGCGAGAAGCUGAUCCUGGAGCUGCCGCUGGUCAUCGGGACGAUCCCGUUCAGCGGCGUCGGCAGCAGGACCAGCAGCAUGAGCAGCCAGGCCGAAUCCCUGAGCAGCCAGGCCGGAUCCAGCUGGUCCUCCUUCCCCUCGGCUCCUCCCAGCUACUGCGACAUCCACAGAGACCUGAGGGUGGACGAGCCCCGCACCCCGCUGCUCCACGACUACGACGGCGGCGAGGACGAUGACGACGAGGGCGGGCUCUUCAUGAGAGCGCCUGAAACCUACUACCCCCCUCCCCCCGCGUACACCGAGGUUGAUGAGGACGCCGUUAACGCUCCGAACCUGGUUCAGGUCUUCUGAGGACUUCAUGUCCCUUCGCCAAGAUGGACUGAGGACUGAAGACUGAUCUGGACUGACCUGGACUGACCUGUCCGUCACUUCUCAGCACUGCUGACAACUGCUGACUCAGCGGUGUCCUGUCAGUGACUCAGCAGUUUUCUGACGACGACUCAGCGUGUUUUGACACUUUAAUCUGUGGUUAAAAGCAGAGUGAACGUUUUGAUGUGAAAAGUGUUUUUAAUGUUUGUUUGUUUUUUAAAUUGUACAUAUGAUGUAAAUAAGAGCAUUUGUUUAUUUUUUUACUCAAACAAUAAAUCAGUCUCACAUUUGA